GUUGCAAGCCAAUUCCUUUACAAAGGGCUCUCUCAAAGUAGCCUAGCUUGUGUUUCUCAAUCAAUCAAAUGAAGCCUUCAUUUGUCAUGUUUCUCGCCAUUUUGCCUAUAUGCCUUCGCUUCUUUCUCUUCUUUGCUUUCAUCAUUCCUCCUUGCAAAGCUAUCUCUUCAUUGGGAAAUGACACUGACCACCUGUCUUUGCUCAAAUUCAAGGAAUCAAUAUCCGACGAUCCACACCAUAUCUUGGACUCUUGGAAUGCAACUGCACACUUCUGCAACUGGCACGGAGUCACUUGUGGCCACAAGCAUCAUAGAGUUAUAGAGCUGCGGUUAAAUGGAUAUGGCUUGCGUGGAUCUAUAACUCGACAUAUUGGUAAUCUCUCCUUCCUAAGAGUCAUUGUUCUUGACAACAAUAUGUUUCACGGAGAAAUCCCACAAGAAUUAGGUCGUUUAUUUCGGUUGCAAACACUUUUCAUUAGCAACAAUACACUAAGUGAGAAAUUUCCUGUCAACAUCACAAAUUGCUCUCAGCUCAGGAACUUAUCAUUUGGUGGAAAUAAUCUAACUGGCAAGAUACCGAUGGAGAUCGGCUAUCUCCAUAAGCUUGAAAGAUUGCUUCUGCCUAAAAACAACUUGAGUGGGAAAAUCCCAAUGUCCAUGUGGAAUCUUUCUUCCCUUGCUUUUCUUUCAUUGGCUGGUAAUAACCUGGAGGGGAGUAUCCCUGAAGAAAUAGGCAUUCUACAAAAGUUGAGAUUUUUUACUGUAGGCGACAACAAGCUUUCUGGUGCAAUUCCUUCUUCUCUUUACAACUUGUCAUCUCUCUAUCUACUUGGAGUUUUUUUAAAUCAAAUUAAUUGCUCUCUCCCAGCCACCAUGUUCAUCAACCUCCCAAAUCUCCAAUACAUGGAUCUUGAAGGCAAUCAAUUCUCAGGUCCUGUCCCAACAUCCAUUGUAAAUGCGACAACGCUUGCACAAAUCUCUAUAGGAGGAAAUAACUUUGUAGGGCAAAUUCCAAAUCUUGGAAAGUUGCGCGACCUCUACUUUCUAGAGUUCGCUUAUAAUAGUAUGGGAAGUAAUUCUUCUAAGGACUGGGAGUUUCUAACUUCUUUGAGCAACUGCAGCAAGUUGAACGUGCUAGCAUUCUCGCAAAAUAACUUUGGGGGCCACUUACCAAAUACCAUAGGUAAUUUGUCUACUCAACUCACAUCACUUUAUCUUUCAUAUAAUCAAAUAUCUGGCAAAAUUCCUGCGGCCUUUGGAAACCUCGUUAACCUGACGUUCCUAGAAAUGGACAUGAAUUAUUUCACUGACAUCAUCCCAAUCACUUUUGGGGAGUUUCAACAGAUGCAAUACUUGUCUUUGAGUGGAAAUCAAUUUUCUGGAGAAAUAACACACUUCAUAGGCAAUCUCACUCGGCUAUUUCACCUAGAUUUGUCAAAUAAUGAGUUAGAAGGCCAAGUUCCUCCAAGUAUUGGGAAUUGUGAAAGUUUACAAUAUCUUGAUAUGUCACAAAACAAUUUUAAUGGAGCUAUACCAGUCCAGAUGAUAAGCCUUUCAUCUUUAUCAAUUUUACUGAACUUGUCAUACAAUUCUUUCAGUGAUGAUCUCCCCGAGGAGGUAGGGAAGUUAACAAAUAUUGGUCAAUUGGAUGUCUCACACAAUCGUCUGUAUGGAAAUAUUCCUCAAUCCAUUGGAGAUUGCCAAAGCCUAGAGUAUCUCUUGUUGCAAGGGAAUUUCUUUCAAGAAACGAUCCCCUUAUCUUUGGCUUCAUUAAAAGGUCUCAGAUAUCUAGACUUGUCACAAAAUAACUUGUCUGGAUCAAUUCCAAAAGGCAUACAGGAUAUUACUUCUUUGACGUACCUAAAUGUUUCCUUCAACAUGCUUGAAGGGGAGGUACCAAACGAAGGUGUCUUUGGCAAUGCAAGUGCAAUAUCACUUAUGGGAAAUAAUAAGUUUUGUGGAGGCAUUUCAAAGCUAGGACUCCCACCUUGCCCUCUCAAAUCUGUGGGAGAAAGAAAACAUCCUAAUUUCAAGAUGAUAGUAUCUGUAAGUGGUGUGACUGCAUUUCUUCUUCUAUUAUCUAUUGUUGCCAUUUAUCAUCUUAGGAAAAGAAGCAACAAAUAUUCUUCAGAUUCACCAUCAAUUGACAUGCUUUCAAAAGUAUCAUAUCAAAAGUUACACAAUGCUACUGAUGGGUUCUCUAUCAACCAUUUGAUAGGAUCUGGGAGUGUAGGCUCUGUAUAUAAGUGCCGAUUGGAAUCUGAAGAAGUUGCAAUAAAGGUAAUCAACCUUCAAAUCAGGGGAGCCCAGAAGAGUUUUGUGGCCGAAUGUAAUGCACUUAAAAAUACAAGGCAUCGAAAUCUGGUAAAGAUUUUAACAUGUUGCUCCAGCAUUGAUUACAAGGGACUAGAAUUCAAAGCUCUAGUCUAUGAGUAUAUGGUGAAUGGAAGCUUGGAAAAAUGGUUGCAUCCUAACAAAACAGAAAAUGCAGAGUAUAAUCCAAGAAAUUUGCUCCUUGAUCAAAUACUGAAUGUUCUUGUUGAUGUUUCUUCUGCUUUACACUAUCUUCACUAUGAAUGUGAGCAACCUCUUGUUCAUUGCGAUAUAAAGCCAAGUAAUAUCCUUCUUGAUGGCAACAUGGUUGCUCAUUUGAGUGAUUUUGGAAUAGCAAGACUACUCUCAAUUGCUGAAGGCAAUUCUAAUAAGCAAAGCAGCACGAUUGGAAUCAAGGGUACAUUUGGCUAUGUUCCUCCAGAAUAUGGAAUGGGUUUCGAGGUAUCAAGACAGGGUGACAUGUACAGUUUUGGCAUUCUUGUUUUAGAGACGCUAACAGGUAGAAGACCCAUGGAAAAUAUGUUUAAAGAUGGUCAAAAUAUCCAUGAAUACGUGAAAAGGGCAUUUCCUGAUAAGCUUUUGCAGAUUGUGAACCCUACUAUUUUCUCCAGAGAAUUAGAACAUGUAGCGGCAACAUCACGAGAAUCAUCAGAGAACAUAACAAUGAUCCAUCCAAAUGUAGAGAAAUGCUUAAUUUCUUUAUUUAGGAUUGGACUUGUUUGUUCAAUGGAAUCGCCACAUGAAAGGAUGAGUGGGAUGGAUGUCAUCAAGGAACUAAGUCUAAUCAGAAGAAAUUAUUUUCCUUCUGGAGAGAAUAAUAGAGGCUAAAAAGAUUGCAUAAUGAAGGAUGGUCAUUGUCCACGUGGCCAUAAUCAGUUUGUGCGUGGUUUAGAUAUUUCAUUAUCAUCACUUAAAUUUUUAUGCCUUUGUAUUUUGUAAUCGCCCUUACAUUCAAACUUUUGGAUUUCCUUGAA